AUGGAUAUGGAAAACGGCGGUUGCAUUGCAGCUCGAACUGGCCUGGCACUACAGAAUCAGAAUGGCACAACACAGCUUACAGAGUUUGUUUUAAUUGGCUUCCAAGUUCCCCAGUCAGUGGGGAACCUCCUCUUUGUGGUGUUUCUUGCAGUUUUCCUAUUAACACUAGCCGGGAACGUCACCAUCAUCACACUGGUAUGCCUUGCUCAACAACUCCAAACUUCCAUUUACUUCUUUCUCUGCAAUCUCUCCCUCCUGGAGAUCCUCUUUGUCUUGACAAUCGCCCCAAAGAUGUUGGUGAAUCUGGUUGCCUCGAACAAAACCAUCUCUUUCCUUGGCUGCGCCGCCCAAUGUUAUUUCUACUUCUUCCUUGGCACUACUGAGUUCAUCCUCAUCGCUGUGAUGUCAUUCGACCGUUACAUUGCCAUCUGCCACCCACUUUGCUAUGCCAUCAUAGUGAAUGGUCAUGUCUGCACCAUGUUGAUCCUAGGUUGCUGGAUAGGGGGUUUUCUUUCUACCAUUGGCCCCAUCGUCCUGUUCUUUCAGUUGACUUUCUGUGGCUCUAAUGUCAUCGAACAUUUCUUCUGUGACUAUGCCCCAAUGAUAAAGCUGUCUUGCAACGACAUACAGUUCAUCCUCGCCCUGGUGUCUAUCCUCUCUUCAGUAGUGUUGCUCAGUUCAUUGGCUGUGACUGUUAUCUCUUAUUUCUGCAUUAUCACCACAAUCGUGCGUAUGAACUCCAGCAAAGGCCGAUUGAAGACAUUUUCCACCUGCGCAUCCCAUCUUACUGUGGCUUCCAUCUUCUAUGGCAGUGCCAUCUUCAUGUAUUCUUUGCCCAGUCAGGGACGCUCUCUGACUGUUCAGAAGGCUGUAGCUGUACUCACAGCUGUGGUGACCCCUUUGCUCAACCCUUUUAUAUACACUCUGAGAAAUGAGAAGGUGAAGGAGGCCUUGAGAGACUGUCUGAAGAGGCAAACGCUGAAUCUGUGA